AGAGUUUUCCCUUAAUACAUAUUAAAAGAGCAUUGGCAGAAGGAACCUGAGAUGUGAGAUUACUGUUUGCCAGACAAACAAACAACAAUUGUUUCCUCUAAUUGCAUGUGGCAAUGAGUAACUUAAAACUUGAAACCAUACAACCUUGUAGUACAAAAUAACAAGCUAUAAAAGUAACUGCAUGUGUGUCAAUUAACUAUGAAUACUCCAACAAUAUUCAUUCUGCAGCAUCAUAUCAAGUAUUAACUAGAAACACUCAGUAGAGCAGUAGAUACGUCAGCUCCACAUCUUGGAUAUUAACUAAAGGUUAAUCACACACACUGAAAUGUCCACAGUAUUUUUCCUUGCCCUAUCAUCAACCUUUACAUACAAUGUCAUGCAAAACAAUUCUUAAUUUGUGCAGUUUUCACAGUGGUGUCCAAAGCUUUGUGACAGAGCUUUUGGGACAGACACACAAUUGGGGUGGUACCAAGUACUGCAGCUGCUGCACUGCACCAUCACCUCUCUAUUGUGUGAGGUCCUGCAGAUACAGUGAACCUCUACCUGAACUAUACUUGUAUGCUUUUAUAUGCGGACGAAUUAACCAGGAUAGCUUUUGCUCUGUGUUGUUGAUUUUUGUCUUCAGGCUGCCAUUUAUGCACAGCUCAUUGGGUCCACAGAAAAUAUUACUUGCUGUGAUCCAGUGGUUGUCAUUUACAUUUAAUAUUUGCACAAAUGGCUUCUGUGAUGUCCCAACCACACCCCCCUGGUGAAGAGUCUGAUAGCAAAAGCAUGACUGAAAUCCAUCUACAUCAGGGAACUUCUGUGCAAGAUAAAAACAAGCUGCAUCCACUUCAUCACUGCUGAGGAAAGUUUGGUGGUGCAGGAUGCUUAUCAUUUGGUCUUGGUGAAUGAAUUUAACAUGUAAUUGUGAAAAAAAUGCUGCAUUAAAAACCACUUGAAAAUUUCCACAGAGGUACCUGUGGACAUUUUUUAUUUAUUUAUUUAACCUUUAUUUACCCAGGCAAGCAAUUAAGAACAAAUUCUUAUUUACAAAUGCAGCCUGAACCAAAGAGCAAAGGCUCUCUGGAGGGAGAGGGGGAGUGGAUGCUAAAAAUAAAAAAAUAAUGUUAUAUAAAAUACACAAUAAACAAUUGAAACACCCAGGUAUUUAACCUCUGGGGAGGUCUUCACAAGUCCAAUGAUGUCACUGGUUCGUUAGUGCUCCAAUGAUGUGUCAACGACGGUCGUUGACACACAACCACAGGCAUGUUGCAGAACAAUUUGGGGUUGACACCCUCAAACUGGUGCGGGAAUAUGAAAGGAUGGCUCGGAAAAUUGCAGAUUACAGAAACCACCUACGGUUUAAUCUGAGAUGCAGACAAAACAGGCUAAUACCAACAAGCCUACGCCUAUGUUCCACUAUGAAGGGCUAUAAAGUGGACAAGAUCAUGGAAAAGGCACAAAACCAGCUAUUAAACGAGAGAGUGAGACAAACCCAUUUCACCAUUGAAGGGCUGAAGGAGAAAGCUGACCACUUACUCCAAAAACUAACAUCUCUCUUACCUGAGGUCGUCCUUGGAAAGAUCAUUGACUUAACAAAGAAAGCACAAUUAUCUCAACACACCAAGAGCAAAGAAAGGCAAAAAAGAAAAUCCCAUAACCUACAAAUACGCAGCAACACAAACAAGACAGAAAUUCUUACGUGGAGGCAAAAGACACACACAAAUCCUACACAAGAUGAAAUGCAGGACAGAUGGAUUAAGAACUUGUCAGACAGGGAAUUUACCCACCCAGAGAGAGGGGUCUUAACCAAAGGACUAAACUUUGCCAUGACAUCACAGCAAUUACCUAUAGUUGAUCUUAUCACAGCUACAGAAUCAGCUAUGAGGAAAAACAACCUAACUGGGACCGAAGCCGAGCAGCUUAGGUUGAAAGUGUCAGCAGCUUUGUCCAAUGCCAUGCCCCCACCCUCCAAUCUCACUACUGAGGAAAGGAAAGUGGUGACAUCCCUGAGCAAGGAUCCAAACAUUACCAUCCUUCCAGCAGAUAAAGGGAGAUGUACGGUAGUUCUUAAUACAUCUGACUACCACAAUAAGGUCGCUACAUUACUCAGUGACACUAAUACCAACACCAACGAACCGCUGAAACGAGACCCAACCAGUGGCUACAAGAAAAAGACAAUAGAAAUCCUACAAAAACUACAGAAAGAGGGCACCAUUGAUCGUCUACAAUAUCACCGCCUGUACCCCCAAGAUGCCAUCCCGUGCAUAUAUGGGCUCCCCAAGAUUCACAAAGAAGGGGCCCCCCUCAGACCCAUUGUCAGCAGCAUUAACUCGGUCACAUAUAACAUCGCCAAACAUUUAGCCAACAUCCUGGCUCCCUUGGUGGGCAAUACGCCCCAUCAUAUCCAGAACUCCAUAGACUUUGUGAACAAAGUAAGAGGUUUAAAAAUGGAUCCAGAUGAUACCAUGGUAUCUUAUGAUGUGACCUCCCUGUUCACUUGCAUUCCAACCAUGGAGGCUGUGGAAACAGUCUGGCAACGGUUGAUACAUGACAACACCCUCCACGACAGAACCAAGCUCAGUCCAGACCAACUACUGGACCUCUGCCUGAGCACUACUUAUUUCAAAUACAAUGGUAAUUUUUACAGACAGAAACAUGGCUGUGCCAUGGGCUCACCAGUAUCGCCCAUUGUGGCUAACCUGUACAUGGAGGAUGUAGAAUACAGAGCCUUGAACUCCUUUAAGGGAACAACUCCGAGCCACUGGUUCAGAUAUGUGGAUGACACAUGGGUUAAAAUCAAAACUCAAGAGAUGCAAGCUUUCACUCAACACAUCGAUUCAGUGGACAGAAACAUCAAGUUCACAAGGGAAGAUGUUAAGGAUAACGGUUUGCCCUUCUUGGAUUGUGACGUGCACAUUACAGAGGACAAAGGCCUCCACAUUGGGGUAUACAGGAAACCCACUCACACAGACCAAUACUUACUGUUCGAUUCUCACCACCCACUGGAACACAAACUAGGUGUUAUCAGGACCCUACAACACAGAGCUGAUAACUUACCUACCAGCACUCAGGCCCAAGGGAAAGAGCAUGAACACCUGAGGGAGGCUUUAAAAACUUGUGGUUACCCCAGUUGGACCUUUGUGAAAACAGCAGCCCGUAACAGAAAGAACAAGGUGGGUGAUGAAGAAAAGAGCAAACGUAAUAACAUUGUCAUCCCCUAUGUGUCUGGGGUAUCUGAAAAACUCGGGAGGAUCUUCAACAAACACCGCAUCCCUGUGUAUUUCAAACCCAGCAACACACUCAGACAAAGACUGGUACAUCCAAAAGACCGCACACCACACACUCAGAAGAGCAAUUUGGUGUACGCGGUCCAGUGCAGUGAGGAAUGCCCAGACUUGUACAUUGGUGAAACAAAACAACCACUAAACAAACGCACGGCCCAACACAGAAGGGCUAACUCGUCAGGGCAAGAUUCAGUUGUCUAUCUACACCUCAAGGAGAAAGUACACUCCUUUGAAGACAGCAAUGUGCACACCUUGGACAGGGAAGACAGAUGGUUUGAAAGAGGUGUAAAAGAAGCCAUCUAUGUGAAAUUGGAAAAACCAUCUCUCAAUAGAGGAGGAGGUCUGCGACACCACCUAUCCCCCACCUAUAAUGCUGUCCUUUCAUCCUUGCCCAGGAGAUGUAACAGCUUAACCUCUAAUGACUGCAACGACCACCGGUGCAGCAGGAAUUUCAACGACCGUUGUUGACACACCAUUGGAGCACUAACGAACCAGUGACAUCAUUGGUCUUGUGAAGACCUCCCCAGAGGUUAAAUACCUGGGUGUUUCCACACCAGUUUGUCAGACUAGUUCCAGCCUAGUCCGACAAGCAUGAACUGAUGAAGCCUUUUGGAUAAGAGGUGAAACGUCUUCUAAGACAAAACGAAGUCCAGUUGCGUUCGAUUCAAUUGCCUUGAGAUAAUAGGCAAUAGGCCCUAAUAGGCCUUUCAGGAGAACAUCACUGGCUCGAAAUGUCACGCACACACACACACACACACACACACACACACACACACACACACACACACACACACACACACAAGCCUACUUGUGUUCCUGAAACAAACAUAAGUAGGCUAUAUGGAUAUGGAUAUGGCUCGGCACUGAGGAUCCAGCCACAGCUGGGUAUAAUUUUGCACCCACUUAUGGAAGCUUGGAGUAGUGAUAUAAAAACUACAAUUUCUUAAAAAGUAUCAAAGGUAAGUUGCCAUUUUUAAUGAGUGAUAUAAACAACAUGUUUUUUGAGGAACAGCCGGAAUAUGAAAUGAUAACAACUUUUCAUUACAAAGAUAUCGCAAGAAAACAACAACACCGAGUCAUUUUGACCCACUCAUGCAUCUAAGGGUUAAUGUGGUAAAGUCUUGUAGCAUUGUAACUACCCCCAUUGGAUUCCUUGACCCUGAAAAUGUAGGUUUAGCAGUUAAAAUCAUCGUUCCAACUUAUUUAGAAGCCGAGAUAUUACAAAACGUACAUUUUACGGCGGCCAUUUUGUAAAUUCCAAUAUGGCCGCCAUGUAGACAUCUGCGCAAAUGCAGACAUUGAUUUUCUGAAUCCUUAUACAAUAACCUUUCCAAAAAUGUAUAGUUUUGCAAAUCCCAAAAAAAAUCCCACAAAAUUAUAUAGUGAACCUGACUAAAAGGAAACUGGCCUCGCUUCGAGGCGCUUCGAGGCUAUUCGCAGCGCUUCCGCGUCCGGUGUGGUCCUGGCAUAGCCUAUAGAUUAGAGUUUAUGAGGUGCAUUUCAAUGCACCGUGAAGCCCUGUCGGCGUCCGAAGCGAUGUAGACCGGCAAUUAUUUUCAAGCUCUCAUCCGCAUGUCCAGUGACAGACAUUGUAACACGUUGAUUAGGGUGACCAUAUUUUGAUUUCCAAAAAAGAGGACACUUGGCCCAGCCACGACAUAGCCUACUUAAAUGAUACUCGCAGUUUACUCAAAGAUGCCUUAUAAUUUUAAUAUAGCCUAUUUAAAAUUUAUGGAUAGAAAAUUCAGUUAUAUUACAAAAUAAUAUCUCUCAAAGACAGAAAUUCAGAUAGGCCCCAAUAGGGGACACAUACACACAGUGUAAAAAUAAUAAAAUCCUAUUGUCUGUCCUGUUUAUUGCUUGGGCACUGUUAUUUACGUGACAACACCUGAACAUAACACACACAGACACACAUUGGCUGUUUGUUUCUACCUCUCUCCUUGCUGGAAGUCUCGGACCUCCAGCCGCACGCCUCCGCCUUGAUUAAACGCUGAAAAUAAAAUAAAAGAGGGAGACAGGUGUCUCCUAUUUUAUUUUAUUUUGUUAUAUUUCUCCCUCUUCUCUGGCUAGAAGCGUCGGACCUCCCGCCUCCCGCUCCGGUAUCAAACAACAGGGUAGACAGGGACAACACUGCCGGAAAGGAUUCUUCCUCUUGUACUCAUGGCCAUGUGCAGAAACAAAUCGUGGAUCUCCUUCAUCCUGACCUCCAGCUCCACCAGCUCCUUGUGUCUGCCUUUGAUUUCACACAGCGCCCA